CCAGAUACAGCCCUCACCCAACGCGCACACACUCCCUCUGUCCCCUGUCUUCCUCCCUCCCUCUCCCAGCUGGAUACGGGGGUCUCCGGUUAGCCGGCGGCGUGUGUGCUGCUUAGUUACUUAGUACACGUGAUGGUGCGGCGGAAGACGGUGAUCGAGAGAAUCGAGGACACAACGAGCCGGCAGGUGACCUUCUUCAAGAGGAAGGGCGGGCUGUUCAAGAAGGCCAGGGAGCUGGGCGUCCUCUGCGACGCCCAGGUAGGGAUCCUCCUCUUCUCCAACACCGGCCGCCUCUACGAGUACUCCAACUCCACCUCCGGGGUUAAUUCCAUAAUUGAAAGAUACCAGAAGGUUAAGGAGGGCCAACAAUUCAUGAGUGCGAGCGCUGAGGCUAAGUUGUGGAAAGUGGAGGCAAACCGUCUGAGGCAACAACUACAUAACUUGCAAGAGGAUCAUAGACAGUUGUUGGGACAAAAUCUACCUGGCUUAGGUUUGGAAGGCUUGAAGGAUCUAGAGAAUCAACUGGAAACAAGCAUACAUAACAUUAGGCUAACAAAGGACCAACUUAUGAUUGAUGAAAUUGAAGAGUUAAACAAGAAGGAGAGCCUCGUGCACCAGGAAAAUACUGAGCUAUACAAGAAAUUGAACAUCAUUCGUCGACAGAAUUUAGAUUUGCAAAACAAGUUAAACGGCCAGGUGGAAGUAAAUGAGACAAUUACAAGUUCUUCUAGCCAGUACAACAUUGCUGCUCGAGCUGAUCCAGUUUGUCUGCAAGUCAGCCAUCCCCACCAUGCAGAAAGGGAUGAGCAACCAGAAUCACCAACGCUGUGUCUAUGACUACCUGCUGGUGGAUUCAUAAAUAAGAGGCUGCAAGUUUCUACUACAAGACGGCCAGAUGGUCGAGGAUUGGUGUGCCAAUUCUGUUCCUAAAUCAAGUGUGGAAGUUAAUGUGUCCAUUGGGAGGAUUGAUGUGCUAUGUCUACCAAUGCAUUGUAAAAAUACACUACCAUUGGGAGAUUUGCAACUGGCUCCAUGUAUUUUUUUCUUGUUAUUAACAAAGCAACAAGAAUAUGCUGUGUUGAAUCCCGGAUGCACAAACUUGCAUUCAAAUAAAAUAAUGUAUCAUAAAAAAACACGCUGGUUAGAAUUCACAGUUGCAGGCAAAACCUUCUGUGAGAUUAGGGGUACCACAUUCCUCAAAGGAGGUUCUCCAUAUAUACCAGGCAUCUGCACAUUACCCUUUCAUUUCAAAGGAAAACCAUUCCCGCAACAAGGGAGAGGAAGUCAACAAAUGUUGCCAUUUUUCUGCGUGUCAUGAACAGUGGAAAAAAUAGUGCGUUAUAGCGUCGCUAAUAGCAUGUUUUAGCGUUCUGAGCAAUGACUCGCUAAAUAAAUUGAUAUACAAUGUCUAGCU